GGAACGCGCUCUCCCGAAAACCUGCACAGGUAGGUUUGGUAAGGCCGUUUAGCAAUCAACCUCAACCAGCUUACAGCAGUGCUGUUGAAGGUGAUCCAGAAUGGGCCAACGCAAAGCCGUACGAGAGUAUCCCAGGACCGGGAUCGAUUCAGAUGCUGAGGAACUUUGCACCGGGUGGUCGUUACUAUAACAAAACGAUGCCCGAUAUGAUACAAGCUCUCAGGGAUGACUACGGCGACCUUUACCGAUUGCCAGGACUCUUUGGACGUCUCGAUAUGGUGGCAAGUUUUAGACCGGAUGACUAUCAGAAGGUUCUACGAACUGAAGGUCAGUGGCCGGUCCGGAGAGGUCUCGACAGCCUGGAAUACUACCGGAAGAAGGUGCGACCGGACGUGUUCAAGGGCAUGGGAUUGGUGACCGAACAAGGAGAGGAAUGGCAACACUUCCGCAGUAUAGUUAAUCCAGCAAUGCUGCAGCCAAAAACGGUUCAACUCUACGUCGAUAAGCUGGAUGAGGUGGCUCAAGACUUCAUGAAAAUAAUUCCGAGUCUACGUGAUUCCAAAAAUGAGAUGCCUGCCGAUUUCAACGAAUGGAUCAAUCGAUGGGCUUUGGAGAUGAUGGGUGUUCUUGCGCUGGAUACAAGACUAGGCGUGUUGGAAGACGAUCAAUCUGCAGAGGCGAAAGAAAUGAUAACGUUAACUCGAGAAUUUUUCGAGCUCACAUAUCAGUUAGAUUUUCUACCAUCGGUUUGGAAGUACUACAAGACUCCAACGUUCAAUAGACUGAUUACUGUCCUAGAUGGGAUAACUGACAUUAUCAAAGCAAAAGUUGACGCAGCGGUAGUACGCUUGGAAAAGAAUCCAUCGAAAUCAAGCGAUACGAUGAGCGUGUUGGAGAAGCUGUUGAAGGUCAACAAAGACGUAGCCGUAAUCAUGGCCUUCGACAUGCUACAGGCCGGAGUUGACACGACUUCUACUGGAACUGUCGGAAUAUUGCACGCUCUAGCUACGAAUCCAGAGAAGCAGAAUAAGCUUUGUGAGGAAAUUCGAGCGAUCCUUCCGGAUAAGAAUUCUCCACUUACACCGGACAACAUGCGCAACCUUCCUUAUCUGCGAGCUUGCAUUAAGGAAGGAAUUCGUCUCCAAUCGCCAACUCUUGGAAAUGUGCGUACAACCGGAAAAGAUCUAGUACUGCAAGGAUAUCGUAUCCCGAAAGAUACCGAUAUCAUGAUGCCCGCGAUGAACCUGUAUAAAGAUGAGCGUCACUUCGGUCGAGCUCAGGAAUUCCUCCCGGAGCGUUGGCUAAAGGACUCGGAGUCGGAGUCGGAGCAGGUGCCCAGUGCCAAAAGUGCCCAUCCGUUUUUGUUCCUGCCUUUUGGAUUUGGGCCGCGUACUUGUAUCGGACGACGGCUGGCCAUGAUGGAGAUGGAAAUAUUCCUUGCGCGUGUUACUCGCCAAUUCGAGUACCGUUGGCAUCAUGGACCGCUGAAGAUUCGAACAUCAAUUAUCAACGUGCCGGCUAGCGAGCUUCGCUUCGAAAUUACAGACCUGGUGGAUUGAAGGUGCGCACAAAUUUAGACGGUCAAGUGUGAUUUUUACCCGUGAAAUGUAAGUUAAAGAUCAUUGCAUUGGUUUAUAAUAAAUU